AUGGCCAGUCCAGGCAAUGGCACCGGCCCGCACAAGGCCACCGUGCGCAAACACGCCGCGCUCCGGCGCCACCUCAGCCUUUCCAAUUCGCUACAAGACUCCUCCGAAACAGAGCCUCCCAUUCUUUUGCGCAACGGUACCGACCGAUCAGGUCCAAACACCAACUCCCCCUCUGGCAAGCGCGACAAUAACAGGAGACAAGAGACCAAAACCCGCCGCGGCAAGAGCGCAGCCAGCCAAAACAGUGCUACAGAGGCGGCGUCACGCAACCAUUCAAGCAGCCAGGGACAGAGUCGGAGCAGUGGUGCCCCCACAUCUGCUGCAGCCAGCAUCCUGGACUUUAGUGAGCCUGACGUCGAACUCGUUCACCGCCGCAGCACCCUGACCUUGAGUGAGCGCCCCACCCACUCGCACACCUCCAACGAGCCUGACACCAUCAGUCCUCCGACCACACCCAACAGCGCAGCCAGCGUCAACGGCAAUGCCAGCAACGCACUUGCGCACGUGGAACGCCGCCGUACCGCAUCCACCUCUCGAGACCUCGGCAAUCGUCGCCCUUCUCGCCUGCGUACCCGCAGCUUUGCUGCCAUCACAAUUCACGAAGAUGCGGAGCUCGCCGAGCGUGUAAAUGCUCCUCCCUUUGAAGAUAUUCUUCUUCAGCUUCUAUCCCGGCUGCGUGAGGAAGCCCUUCUUGCCGAUCUCAUCACGGCCACUGAAAACGACUUCCAACUUGUCCGCAUUCCUCGUCAGCGCCGGACAGAAGAACCGCCUCUCAACGAAAAGGCCAUUGCCGCGGUCCGGGAUCUCUUUGCCCGCCAAUGUCUGGCAUUUUACGCCUCCAAAUGGCACGUCGUUCGGCCGACCAGUCGCACCAAAUCUCAAGGCACCAGCGAAUCUGUUCACCGUAUCUCGGAGCCGCUUCCUCAGCUCAUUUCCGAAGUGGACCUCGAUGACACUCAAGCGCAAGGCCUGGUGAGUCUGCUUCUUCCCUACCCGGGCCUCACACCAACCAACUCCAACUCCAACUCCCGACUCAAAACCAUCCAUCAAAAUAUGGGCAUGUCCACUACAAAUUGCAAUCUGACCAAACAAUGCAACGGUGACUCGGCCGCCAACCUGAUUCAAACCAAAGUGCGGAAACGAUAUCUCGUUUUCCGCUACCAGACCAAACAAGGACCACCUGUCCUUGAGGUUUUCAAAAGCGAGCAGCUUACAGGCAGCUCUGAUACCGUGCCUCUGGCCGAUCCUGACACUUUGAGCAUGGAGGGCGACACCGGAUUUCGCGUGCAAACAGCCAACUGGGCUUAUCUCUUCCACCUGGAAAAUGCCGAUGCCUGUCAGCACUGGUUUGACACCAUGUCACAAAAGCUUGCCGAGUGGCGACGCAUUGAUGUCAUCAAGGCCGAGUCCACAGACAAACCCAAACCAUUGCAGCAAACCAAAAUGCCGUUGGCUGAGGUUUUGAAGCGAGCCAUGCGCACGCUGGAUGGCACACUGUUCUCAGCCACGACUUCGAAGAAAUGCGACGAAGCUCGCAGUGAUCUAAUGGCCGUGUAUCAUCGUGCCGAUGCCGAGGCGGCGACCACUAGUCCAGAAGCGGUGCCGUUUAUGAAAGAAAAUUUCGGUCGACGCUUUGUGGUGACCUGCAACUCAUUACAUUUUGACCUGGCCGUCACUGUCGGAGGAGCCACCACCAACCCGGAGCCUUACUUUUGCGCCUUGUAUCUUGUGAAUCUGGACGACCAUGACGACGGGGACGGCCUCCUCAGCGAACGUUUCUGGUUUCAGCUCAAUAAAAGCACCAUGGGCUACUGCCACUUGGAUCUGAGCAAGACCAGUCUGGAAAACCAAGCCCGCCAAGCGGUCUUUAGCGUACACCAAUCUGCAAAACGCGUCUUUCUCGUCUUGACCAUUGAAACAGCGCUGCAAGCUGAGAAUCCGGUCGUUGCCUAUACAAAGAAGCAAAAUGCGGAUCGCUACGCUCAAGCAGCCGCCGAGGCACUGCAAAAGCAGCCCGAGGCUCGCAUGCCCAUGGCAUGGGCCUGCCGCCCUGUGUUCAAAGCUAACGGUGAUCUGGACGAGGCCUCGGCUUUUAGUCCUCUCUUUCGAUAUGACACGGACACCAUGACCGCACACGGCAUGCGACGUGCGGUGACCGAGUAUGAGGAUAAGGCCAUUAUGCGCAGCGCGCGAAGCAAGCUCCGAUGGACGGAGUUACCCGGUGCCUUCGAGGCCAGCGUGAAUAGUCUCGAAGCCACCUCGGACAUGCCAACGGUCACGCCAAGCUUGCAUCAUGUCAAGCCCUUCAACCACGAGCAAACAGUACCCCCGCGUCGUGAGGUCAUGACAUUUUCUUACACUCCGGUACAAGCACCCCACUUGGACUGCAUCAACAUCCUGUAUGUAUACCCGGUCAGCAUCAAUCUUAGUACGCGCAAGCUGGACGUCAAGAGCAAGGGGCAAAACAUUCUUUGCACCGUGCAACUCAUGGAAACGGAUGCCAACGGCUUGGAUUCGGGCACCACGGGCACGCCUUGCGUCUUUGGGCGCCACCUCGAGUCCAACUUCACGACCGAGGGUCGGACACCCGUCCUCUGGCACAACAAAGCUCCAGUUUUCACGGGCGAGAUCAAAAUACAACUGCCUCCCCACAUCACGACCCUCCAACAUGUGCUUUUCACGUUCAGUCACGUGGCUGUCCGCUCUCGGCGACGCAAAGCCACGCAGGCGCUGGGGUAUGCCUUCCUACCCCUCUCGCCGUCUGCUCGCCUUUUCAAUAAUCAGCAAGACCUCUUUGUGGCCUCGGCCAACACGCAGUACCCCAAUCAAAAGAUACUCCCGCCACACUAUGCCACCAGCGGCAUGUCCAUUGAUGCUUCGUCCGCUCAGAACGUCAAGUUUCUGGACCCUACUACACCUCAGUUUUCCGUGGCUACGCGCCUGGUAUCGACCAUCAGCACUGCCGAUCGCAUUUUGAGUCAAUUCUUUGAAUGCGCCGAACAAGUGGUUCGCACUGCCCUCAUCCAGACGGACUUGAAGCUCAAGGCGGCCACGCAGGCCCUGGUUGGGGCUGGAGAUGAGGCUCUCUUCCGCUUUCAACCUGUCAUCUUCAACCAGCUGCUCAGCCUGCUUGUGCAUGGCUCUAGCGAUGAGACGGUGCCUCGUGAGGCGGUACGCACGCUUGUGAUACUGGUGGACAAAUUUCACACGGACAUGCACACACCCCUUCCCUCCAACGAGCACAAAAAUCAGGUUCUCGCUAGCUACGUUGAGCAUGUGUUUGCCAUCAAGGGAGAGAAGCACACGGUGCACGAGCAGCUGAUCAAAUAUCUCAUAUACUUUCUCAAGAGCGUCGAUAACGGCGUGGAAGACCGCUUUUACCGUCACGUUUGGUUCUUCUUUCGUUUGAUUGCCAAAAGCGUGGCCCUUAACUGCGAAGUGGGCACCCCACGCUCGCAGCGCUUUGAGGCGGGAUUCUACGAAGAUUGCCAUCGACUCUACCUAUUGGUCACAAAUGCUUUGGUCGAGCUAGCCAGUGAACAUCCGGCGCAGGCCAUGCGCAUGAAUGUCAGUCUGGCCCUUUUCGUCACGAACCUUCUAUCAACGGCGGAUCGCGGGCCUUGCUUCAAGCUGAUUCAAGCCUAUCUCAAUCACAUCGAUGAGUGUCAAGAUCCCUCGGGACGUUUGGCUCAGUGCAAAUUUGAGUACCUGCGCAUCAUCUGCGGCUACGAACACUACGUCGCACUCAAUCUUCCUUUUGUCAAAUCAGAGAUGGACCAGGCACUGACUCCGCUUACGGAUGACUUUCGCCAACGGCACUUUCUUGCCUACUGCAUCAUGUCCCAUGUUGAGAAGGCACUUCAGGGCAACAACAAGUUUUUACGAGGCGAAGCUCUCGCUUGUUUUCGCAACCUGUUGGCCAGCCAUGACACUGACCCUCGCUUCAAGACCCCGGCUCACAAGUCACGCGUUGCUUCGCUAUACUUUCCCUUUGUCGUGAUGGUGUUGACGAUGCGAUCACGCUUGCGGCCAGAUGUUGAUCCAAGCCAGGCCUUUGAGCCUCGCGAGAAGCAAGAUAUUUUUGCGUGUUUCCUUUGGAUUCUCAAAAACUUUAACCACCGCGUUUUACAGCGGCAUUGGCGCGAGGAUGGUGUACCAGCAGAUUUGCUGGUGGUGCUCGAGUAUGCCCUGGAUGUGUUUCAGUAUCGGGGGCGGAAGGAGACGGUCAACACCAUGCUUGCAUCGCGCAGCCAGCAAGCCGUGCGCUCUUUAGCGGAUCUAUAUUCACACGAUGCUGCACGAUUUUCCACACUACCCGGCGGCUCCAUGUCCGUGAGCCGUGCAUCCAAAUUGCUCUCCACCGCCUCGCGCACCAGCUUCAACCUUGGCGAGCGCGCCCCAACGCCAGCGAGCAAUCGCGACAGCACGCCCACUCCCUUGCAGCGCCAAAGUACCAUGCCGGGCCGUCUGACAACCGCUGAGAUGGAGGAGCGAGUCAUGCUUCAGGCGCACUUGGCUGCUGAGAGCAUGUUUGUCGUUAUUGAGCUGCUGGAAAUCAUCUUUGGUUAUGAACGCGCCAUGUCUGCGAGCGGCGGGAUCAACGAGAAUUUUUCACGUGCUUUCGGGCUUUUGCUUCGCAUGCUCAUGCUGAAUCCGCCAGAUCGUCUGGUGCCCUCGCUCUUCUCGCUUAUUGUGCGUGUAAUCACUUACUACAAGCGCACCGUCUUCAACUCGAGCCUGUCCUACUGUCAAAAGCUGUGCGACCAGAUUUUGAUCAACUGCAACAGCAAUUUGCAAAUGCUCCGAUAUCAUGCCACCGUCUUGUUGUAUGUCAUGCUCGUGCAUGGCCUCAACACCAUGAACCACGUGCUGAUGAUGUCCAUUUCAGGCCUGAGUGCCGAUACUCCAGGCAGCUGGCUGCGGCAGGCGCUGCUGGAUGUCAAGAAGAUAUCUUCCCUUAAUGAAGUACAGCCUCAAGUCAACUUUCAGCGUGACGUUGAGGAUCUGCUUCAGCGGGCUCAUACCGUGCUGGAGAGCACCGCCCACAUGGCGGCCCAUCAAGACGACCCUGAGAUGUACCUCGACCAUCAUAGCAAGAUUGCCGACUCGUACGCCGGUUCUCCUCAGCUGCGCGUGUCCUUUCUUCAUCGCAUGGCCAAGGAGCAUGUGAAGAUGGAACAAUGGUCAGAGGCAGCCAUGUGCGUGAUCCACUGCGCCGCACUCACGGCCGAAGUCAUCAAGGGCAACUCCAAGUACUUUUCUGAUGGGGCUGCUUGCUUUGUCAACAUUUCCAAAAACACGAUGCUCGAAAAAAGCAUGGUGGAGGGGGCGCGGAUCGAAAAUUUGUUGCAAAUCUCUGCGUUUUCCGAUGCCAGCGUAGCCCAUCAAGUGCGAGUGGCCAUUCAUCUCUUCAAGCGUGCCAGUCGCUUUGAAUUGGUCAGUCUGGCCUAUCGCCACUUGUUGCCCAUUAUGGAGGAUGGCAAGCGCUACGAAGAUCUUGCCAAGGCCGCGCAAGACAUGCUGACUUGCUACACCAAGGUGGCUGAGCUUCUCAAAAAUAACAAGCGUACCCUGGGCACGUACUAUCGCGUGCUCUUCCUGGGAGCAGACUUUGCGCACAUGAGGCAACGCGAGUUCAUUUACAAGGAGCCAAAUGUGACAGGCCUUUCGAUCAUUCGUGCGCGGCUGGAAGCUCUCUAUCAGAUGAAGGUCAAGAAACUGGUGGUGAUUGAUGACUCCCGCGACACGUCUCACAUGCAACUGGAAGACGGCGUCUCAUACAUUCAGAUCACCCACGUUCAACCGUACUUUGAAGACGAGAGCGUCGUGCGCUCCCAUUUUGAGCAGCACCAUGAAAUUCGCGAGUUUGUGUAUACCACCCCAUUCACCAAAUCGGGCAAGGCACGCUCGGACAACGUCAAGGAGCAAUGGCUGCGCAAAACCGUGGUCGUUCUGGAACGCGGACUGAGCUUUCCCAGCAUUCGCAAACGGUUGCCUGUCGAGCCAAACUCACGCAAGAUUGAGCUCAACCCUCUGCAAAAGGCAAUCGAGGAGAUGCAAGAAAAGAAUCGCGUCUUGCGCUCGGUCAUUCACGCAGAUAAAUUGGAUAGCAAGCUGCUGCAGAUGCAAUUGUCCGGCACCAUCACGACGCAGGUGAACGCAGGGCCUUUGGAGUAUGCGCGUGCUUUUUUGAAUUUGGAGGAGAAGACUGGAGAUUCAAGCACGGAGAAGCGCAACAAAGACCGUUUGUGUUACGAAUUUGAGCAGAUGGUGGAUUUGCUUGAAGAAGGCGUGGUGCAAUUUGAUAAGAUCAAGGCGGAUGAGCAGCAAGAGCUCUACAACACUUACCGUGACCAUCUGGCCCAACUCAAGAAGAACUUUGGCAAGUUCGUGCCAGCCAUUCGCAAGCAGCAGUCCAGUGGGCGCCGAAGCUUGCGCAAAGCCUAUUCCUUCCUUUCGCGCGGCCAGGGGCUAAACUUGACGGCGGCUGGAAGCGCCGGUCCUGCCGAAGCAACGGAGCAGCCUCCGGCUCCCGUGAAUGAAACGGAGCUGAACACGUUUGCAGACCUGAUUCCGGAUGGCUGGACUCUGUAA